AUGGUGUGGCUGCCGGCCGGAGAUCAGUGGCGAAGGCUAAGAAGAAUUACCAGAGAAUCUAUGUUCACCAUGCAACGCCUAGAUGCUAGCGAGCUCGUACGCCAGGAGAAGCUACGACUCGUACAAGUACAAGAACUUCUUGAACAUGUUAGUCAAUAUUGCUCAAAUAGAAAGGCCCUAAACAUAGGUGCAGCUGCAUUUACUACAACUCUUAACAUUCUAUCAAACGCCAUUUUCUCAAGAGAUUUAUCUCAAUAUGAUUCAGUGUCCUCACAAGGAUUCAAGUAUGCUGUAUGUGGUUUGAUGGAACUUUCUGGGAACCCGAAUUUAUCAGACUUUUUUCCCAUACUUAAACCAUUCGAUCUACAAGGGUUUCUACGACGAUCAAAUGUUUAUGGUAAGAAGCUACUGUCUAUUUUUGAUAUGAUCAUCCAUCAACGAAUCCAAGAAAGAUCCAGUUCAUCGUAUGAUGGUGAUCAUUCAUCGAAAAACCCCGAUUUGUUGGACUUGCUGCUUGAUCUUAUCAUGAAAGAUGAAUCUGAAAUUACUCCUAAUGAUAUGAGACACUUGUUCUUGGAUUUAUUUGUUGCCGGAACCGAUACAAUCUCAACCACGUUGGAAUGGGCGAUGGCUGAGCUGAUUCGUAACCCACAUAAAAUGGAAAAGGCUCGAUCAGAGCUCACUAAAUUCAUGCAAAACAACAACAAAAAUAUACACGAAAAUGAUAUAUCUAAACUCCCUUAUCUACAAGCUGUUAUAAAAGAAACUCUCCGGCUACAUCCUCCGGCCCCACUUCUUCUCCCUCACCGAGCCAUGCUGGACCUAGAAAUCCAAGGUUUCAUUGUACCUAAAAAUGCACAAAUCCUUUGUAAUGUUUGGGCGAUGGGCCGAGACCCGAGUAUUUGGUCAGACCCAGAGACGUUCAUACCUGAGAGGUUUUUCGAAGUCAAGAUCGACUAUAAAGGACAUGAUUUCAUGCUUAUUCCAUUUGGUGCUGGGAGGAGGAUUUGUCCGGGAUUGAAUUCUGCCCAUAGAAUGUUACACAUAGUCUUGGGCUCUUUGAUUCAGAAGUUUGACUGGAAGCUAGAAGGAAAUAUAAGAGCACGAGAUAUGGAUAUGGGAGAGAGGUUUGGAAUCUCGUUGUCGAAAAAGGUACCACUCAUGGUCAUUCCAUUCAAAUUGUGA